GCGCUGCGCACAGCGGGAGCGGCGGUGGAGGAGGAGGAGGAGCUGCGCGGCGGAGGCGCUUCUCCCGCUCCGUGUGCCCGGCCGCCCCGCAGCCGUUCCACAGCGCUGAGCCUCGUUUCGCCGCUGCAUCCGCCAGAGUGAAACGGUGAAGGAGCCGCUGCCGCGCAGCUUCGCCCCGAGGGAAAGCCCACCAUGUCGCGGCCGCUCCCGCUGAACCCCACGUUCCUACCUCCCACCUACGGGGUGCUGAAGUCGCUGCUGGAAAACCCGCUCAAGCUGCCGCUCGCUCACGAUGACGCAUUCGGUAAAGAAAAAGACAAAGAGAAGAAGCUAGAGGAUGACAGCACCAGUACCACAGUCCCUCAGUCUGCUUUCUUGGGCCCGACAUUAUGGGACAAGACGCUGCCAUACGAUGGAGACACUUUCCAGUUGGAAUACAUGGACCUGGAAGAGUUCCUCUCAGAAAAUGGCAUUCCACCCAGCCCGAACCAGCACGAGCAUAGCCCACACCAGCCAGGUCUGCAGCAAGCUACCUCAGCAUCCCCUUCUGUCAUGGACCUCAGCAGCAGGGCUUCUACUUCAGUCCACCCAGGCAUGGUGUCGCAGAACUGCAUGCAGAGCCCGGUCAGACCAGGUCAAAUCUUGCCAACAAACCGAAACACACCAAGUCCUAUUGAUCCGGAGACCAUCCAAGUUCCCGUUGGCUAUGAACCUGACCCUGCGGAUCUUGCUCUUUCCAGUAUUCCUGGCCAGGAGAUGUUUGACCCUCGUAAGCGCAAGUUCUCUGAAGAAGAGCUGAAACCACAGCCAAUGAUUAAGAAAGCUCGCAAAGUCUUCAUUCCAGAUGACCUGAAGGACGACAAGUACUGGGCAAGGCGCAGAAAGAACAACAUGGCUGCCAAGCGGUCGCGGGACGCGCGCCGGCUGAAGGAGAACCAGAUCGCCAUCCGCGCCUCCUUCCUGGAGAAGGAGAACUCGGCGCUCCGGCAGGAGGUGGCCGACCUGAGGAAAGAGCUGGGCAAGUGCAAGAACGUCCUGGCCAAGUACGAGGCUCGACACGGCCCCCUGUAAAGGCACGGGAGGGGAGCGGGGUGGUUUUUUUUUUCUUUUUUCUUUUUUUUUGUUGUUGUUGUUUCGGUUGCGGGUUGGCAUUUGAAUAGAUGGACAGCGUGUUUCCUGUUUGAUAGCACCACGCCCAAACCAACCUUUUCUGUCUUCAGCACUUUACCAGAAGCAGAAACAAAACUGACUUAACGUCGUUUCCUUUUUCGUUUGCGUGUAGCAGCGUAUCUGUGUGCACGUGUGUUCACACCUCCGUGUGCGUGUGUGCUUGCGUGUGUGUGCGUGUGUAUGUGUGUGUGUGCGUGCACGCAUCUCAGCACUUCCCAUUUUUACAGAGCCCUCUUCGAAGGGUGCCACAUUUUUACCUGGACUGUUGAGAACCGCCAUCGUAAGCUUUUAAUUACAUUUUUUUUUCAGUGCUGCUUCGGAUUGGGGUUUUUAUGUUCUUAUAACCAGUUCCAUCCUCCUGACUCACCUGGAAAGAUCCCAGUAUAAAUUAUGUUAAGAAAAAAAAAAUAUAUAUAUAUAUAUUAAAAAAAGAAAAAAAGAAAAAAAAAAAAAGGAAAAAAAGAAAAAAGAAAAAAAAAAGUAGGCCUCAGUUUUUGAAGAGUAAGAAGCUGUCGUUGAAGUUACGUCUAAUCGGAAAAGUUAACAUGCUAAUAAAGUGCACAGAUGAUAAUUUAGUACUACACUGCAGAGAUAUUAAUUUAUAGAUUGCUUCUGUUGUAUUUUAAGUUCUGGUGAUAAUUGUCUUCAGAUUUAAAGUGCUGUUAGACUGAGUUAGCUCUACUCAUUAUAGAUCCCAUAAUGGCUUCUCUGUAGCUAUUAAGGUUCCUUUUAUUUCCACGGACCCCAGGUAGGUAGGAGUACUUAUGGAUAGAGCACAGAGUGUGUACCUUGCACUGUCUGUACCUGAAGCAAUAAUCCUGUUGUACGCUAGCACGCAUGCUGCCUGGAUGUUCCUAGUGGACCUAGGAUGGUUUCCCUUCCCAACAGGAGUUUUAAUGUCUUUAACUAAAAAACAAAAGAAUAAAGACACGUUGAUGUGAGCAUGCUAAUUGUGUCCCUGCCAUGGGGAGCGCAUGUGUAAGAAGCAGGAUAAUUAAUUAGCUGAAAUGACAAAAUUAAUAGCAUCAAAUCAGGUCUGGCAUUGGAAUCAGAGGGGCUUUCCUGUUUUCAGUUAGUUAUGCAUUUCUUCGAGCUCCAUUUUGUGAUUAAAAAUUAAAUAACCCGAAUUCAGUUGUUUUUCUCCCAUGUUGUGUAAUAUAUUUUCCGUGGAUUAUAUCUUGCUGUUAUGAAAAUCACUUUAAUUCAGUUAGAAGUCACUGGUUUGCAGAGCCCGUUUCUCCUCGUGGUUGUUGUUCCGAGUGUGACAUGAACUGAUGGUUCUGAGUUCUGUUGUUUUAAACUCUCUCUUUGCUUUUGAACACUUAUGUUCAAAUCUAAAGUGGACUUCUGAGAAAUGAAUGUAAGAGACACUGGUGUAUUUCAGAGGGGGAUGGUGUUGUCAUAUACUGUGGUUAAUCCAAUCGAUCUAAGUGUUUACUAUAGACCAAAAGAACAGAUAUUAUAAAAUGUAUAAAGUUUAUACAGAAUAAUUAUAGUACGUUUGUUUUGUACAGUAUUUUUCAAGUACAAAUCCUGACAGUGUAUUUUGAAAGACAUAUAUUAUAUAUAACAAAGAGAAAAAGCUAUUCCGUGUUUAAAAUAUAUAGCAAAGAUAUAUAUUCUCCAUUAUUGUACAGAAAGGAAAUGCUUGGGAGGUAGUUGGUUGGUUUUAGCUUUUGUUUUGUGGCUCUCUCGUGUCUCCGGCCUCCCGCUGGCACACCGGCGUGUUCUGUGCUUUAAGUUAAAUUGCUCUGGAUGUGGUGUGGCUUCCCAGGCUGGUUGGUGGGACUGAAGAAGAGACUCGAUUAUUUUCCAUUGGAAACGCGUGGCGGAUCUGUUUCCUAGGGACAAAGCACAGUAUGGAUUGUAGGCAACUAUUGAUUGGAUGGUGCAAUUUGUAAAGGCCAAAACCAGGACGCAAACCCCAAACUCAGUCACUUCUAAUCUGCUGCUGCUGCUCCGAUCUGUUUCCAGGUGACCUUUCCUAAUAAAUAGCUCAGUUCGUGCCCGCGGUUGUACGUAGUGCUCACGGUUACUCACAUGGGAGCGAAACUCGGUGCUACGCGUCCUGCUCGCAGCUUUCUGAGUGUUUUGGCAUUCUUUGCUGAUAAAAAAGGUCGCUCGUUCCAUUAAGUAAUGAUUCACGCUUCAGGAGACGGCUACAAAGGACCCAGCAUUUUGUCCAGCAUUACAGAUAUCCGCGCACCACUGAUGUUUUCCCAGUACUUUAUCUCAGACAGACCCAGCGUGUCCCUUGCCGUGCACUACUUGCCUGUGGACCAUUAACUCAGUGAGCUGAACUUCCACGUGCUGCAGCAAAGCUCGUAAGCAGUAAGUUCUUUUCUAGAGGUCAGUGUAAGGCACUGAAUGCACCAAUAGAGAGGCAGGAGGCAGCGGUCAGCGCAGCUGAGCCUCCAUCAUCUGCCCUGUGCUCUGGGAAGCAAACGUUUGCUUUCCCUUUGGUGCUGCAUGGUGGUGGUGGAGCUCCCCAAACAGCCACUGCCACGGAUGCAGCAUUAGCAGCAGCGCAGCAGUUGGCAGCAGUUUCUCAUCAGCAUUGCUUUGAGUGGAAAUGGUGGAAAUGAAAUCAGCUGAUACGGAAAUGGUGAGAGCCACAGAGUGCUCCUUAAAGGAGCCCAAGGGCCUCAGGUGCUCACCCCGAGCUCUGGGGUGUUCAGCUCCUGUUCAGCUCCAUUCAGCUCUUAGGCUCAGUUCAGCUCUGAUGGCUUUGAAGGAGCUUGCAGGCAUAAGAAACUCAUUUUAUAAAAUUAGAAAUAUAUGAAUUUGCAGAAUAAAUACCAGCUAAAUAAUUCAGUGACCUCUACUAAAAAGCAUCAGUAAAAUGCUUAAUUCCUCUUUUUUUUCCCCCUUUCUGGAUCUUCGAAGUGAAUUCUUUCCUUUUUGAGAAGGAAAUGGGACCUGAGAUGGAUUUGUGAACGUGAGCACCUGGGGGAGCUGCCUGGGCAGGCACAGGGCAGGGGAGUCCUUUUCUUUCUUUCCAGUGGUGCUUUGGGGUCACUGCACCCGACUCCAUGGCAGCACCGCUCUGACUUGAACCCACAGAAGCAAAGUGCUCCGGGCAGCGCUGGGGGCUGCAGCACUAAAGGCUCCCGGCCAUGGAGCAUUUUGCCUCCGUGGGUUUGUAAUAACCCCAAUUAUUGCUUAAAGGCUAUUUUUGCAUGUGACUUACAAUAGAGAUGUGCAGUUUUAUUUUUAUGGAGAGUUUUGGUUUUUUUUUUCUAUGUCAAGAAGGAAAUUAUAUAUAUAUGUAUUAAAACAAGUGAUCAACCAUUGUAUUUCUGGCAACACCACGAGACAGCAUCUGUUUAAACACAGGUUUAAUAAGAUCAAAUGAACUGUACGACAUGGAGUGGAUUGCAUCCUGUGUGCUGUUCGGCCCAAAUCUCAUUUUAUUUUCGUCUGUUAUUCUCAAUGUUUAAUAAACUUUUCAAUUUGUCUUCUCUCA